CUGACUCGGGUUAUCAGAGAGAUUUUAAAGGUAGCGCUCUUUCUAUCCGCAUGCGAUCUCUGUGCUUCUUUGUUCAUUCAAAUGAUGGUGGGAAAAUGUGGUAAUGCGUUGUUGGAGUGUUUUUUUUCGCCGGCAUCAGAUGCCUUUAGAUCCUUAACAUCGACUCUAUGAAAUCAGUGUGUAGCUCCCUCCGAUCAUAACUAUAGUUUAAGCAAAAGUUGAGUGCUAACUUUGUAUUUUGAUAAAUUUUCUACUAAUUGACAAGGCUCCAGAUAUAGACUUUAUUCUGGCAUGGAUUUUAUAUGACUUACACGUUUUAAAUGCAUUUCUCAAAACCGAAAGCGAUGGUAAUGUUACAGUUAUUGCGCGUUUUGUGUGUUUGUUCGGUGGUCAGCUGUUAUGAAUAUUACCGUAACGAGGGCGGCCACGUUCGGCGACACACGGCGGGACUCCACGGGGAGCUGGGGACAGAUGGAGCAGUGCCGCCAGAAUCACCGGCGUCGGCAGAGGAAUCCGACUGCCCGGCUCAAUGCCGCUGCAUUGCACUGACCCAUCUCGGUUACCGCGACAUGGCGGAGCGCUGGAGGUCCCUAGGCGAAAUGGAGGGUCUCGAGCACACGUUUAAGGGGACCGUGGCCCCAACUUGGCAGAAAGAUCCCGCUGAGCUCCAGGGACGCGACAUUGUGUGUAUGGGUCUGAACAAGGUUCCGAGACCACUGCCUAAAAAUGCCUUCAAGCUAACAUUGUACGGAGAUAGCAGCAUCACAGUAGGUGACAGAAUCACUCAACUGACCUAUCUUCGCCCCAACUCUUUCCUGGAUGGUACAGAAAUAAGGCAGUUGACAAUAUCCGCCAACAACUUGAAAAUUUUGUACCCGUUUAUCUUCCAAAAUGUACCACUUGUAGAGAACUUGGCAUUACAAAAUAACAAUAUUUCACAUAUAUCCGCCGCAUCCUUCCAGGGGUUGGAUAAUUUACUCGAGUUGAGACUUUCUGACAACACCUUGCAGUCUCUUUCUCCAAACAUCUUCAACAGCCUUACUCGCUUAGAAUUUUUGUUUUUGAACGGCAAUAAGCUUUCUGCGAUUCACCACAACGUUCUGCAAAGUCUGAAAAGCUUGAAACACAUCGAUUUAUCUCGAAAUGACUUCCGGACUUUAACAGAUACCGUAUUCGAUGGGGCAACUAAUCUAGAGGAAUUGUUAUUAAACGAGAAUCAAAUCUGGAACAUUAACGCUAGAUGGUUUAAACAACUGAAUUCAUUGCGGCGUUUGGAAUUACGUGCCAAUGCUAUCACCCGCAUAGAUCCCAGCACAUUUGAAACCGUUUUUAACCUUAUCACGCUUUCAUUGUCCGCCAACAGUAUCAACUCAAUCGCAAAUGGAGCUUUCAAAAAUUUGUCUCUGUUACAAGAUUUGAACAUUGGUACUAACGAUAUUAGAACACUUGAACCAGCGUGUUUUGUUGGUUUAAAAACGCUUACUACGCUCACUCUUAGUGACAACAAACUGUCCUUCAUCAACAAUAUAACAUUUACAGCAACGCCUAAUUUGAAGCAGCUGUUUCUUUCAAAGAAUGUAAUUAGCGAUAUCGAAGAAGCUGCUUUGCAUCCAUUAGACACGUUGGAAGAAUUAGACAUUUCUUACAACAAGCUGAAGAUAAUAAGAAGCAAAACAUUCAGAGGACUUCUUAACUUGAUGAGCUUGAAUCUUGAGCAUAAUAUUAUUUCGGAAAUAGAGAAUGAUGCAUUCAUAGUUGCUCCUCUUAACCAGCUUUCAAAGUUAACGUGGCUAAGUCUACAGUACAAUAAUCUGAAGGCCAUAGACUCGUACGCUUUGUUUGGACUCCCGCAUUUAAAGUUUUUGAACCUGGGUCACAAUGCCAUAAAAUAUAUUCACAAGAAAUCGUUUUACACACUAAGUAGUCUACAUAAUCUUCUUCUAAACGACAACAAUAUUCGAGCAUUUGAAGACUCCACAUUUGUUAAUCUGAAAAAUCUGUUCUCCAUGAACUUGGACAACAAUAAAGUAGCAACAGUCCAAGACAACACUUUCAUUGGUCUUGUCAACCUGCGAGAUAUGAAUUUUGUUUUUAAUGGACUUGAGCAUAUAACGCCAAACGCCUUUCGACAUUUCGUUAAUCUAGAAACGCUAAAAUUGCAGAAAAACUUGUUGCCAACAUUCAACUUUUCAGAUCUAGUGAUGUCGAAGAAACUAUCACUUGUUGACUUCACUGGUAACCGUCUUUUUGAAUUAAGCUUCCCAAAGGAAAAGAACCAAGACAUCCGCCAACUUGUUUUAUCCGAAAACCAGAUACAGACUAUGUCGCCUGAAAUUGUAAAUGUUGUCGCACAUGGCGGAAAUGUGUGGCUAAACGACAAUCCGUUGUCAUGCGACUGCCGAUUGUCAUGGUUACAUGAAUACACCCGAAAUUUAUACAAGUUCCGUCUUUUGGGAUCCAGUAAAACGUUUUGCAGUUCACCGGCGUCAUAUUAUGGAAUUAAGGUCACCGACGUGAUAUCUAAUAAGUUAACUUGCGACAACUCCACUGUGGCGAAGACAUUGACCUGCCAGAAUUUGCAGAUCAUGUACACCGCUAGGGGACAAGAAGAAGCAGUCAAAAAAUUUAAAAAAGAAGCAAGAAGCUGGCAUGUAACUUUGAAAGGUGUACACAAAGUGUCGAACACUACUAGAACGUGUUACGGUACGCUGUUAACCGACGAUUGGGUUAUAACCAGACAAAGCUGCGCCAAAGAUUUUCUGCCAUUUAACUCCUCAAGCGUGGUGCUGAAGAUUGGACGCAAAGAGUCACGUGAUAUAUUGCUUAGCGUCGAUUUUGAUAGCGACGUAAGCGUGGCGGAUUUUGAUGUUCGUCUAGUGAAACUGGUACCCAAGUCGCGUGACCACUCGACCGUCAUACCUUGUAUCCUUUCCCACGCACAGUUUUACCAUUUGUCUCGAGUUCUUAGUACAGCGGUGUUCACAACAAGAUUAUACCAGAACGAAACGCAGAAAUGGCGUUUAAGUGCAAAACGCGGCAAGUUGUUGCGCCGAUGCGAUCAUUCCAGUGACAUUUGCGUUCGGUUUCGGUUCCCUAAUGGUUCAGAAAACACAAACAUUCAGGGAUCCCCUUUGUCUUUGAAUUACCAAGGCGUAUGGUACUUGGCAGGCCUUGGAGAUAGUCGAAACACCACACAGAAUGCUAUUCAGACAUUUACCCCUCUGUGGUCAGUGAGCAACUGGAUUGCAAAUACGAUUUACGAAGUAGACACAAAAUGCAAAUUGCAUAAAAGAAAGAAUCAGCCAAUGAGCGGACAGUGUGAGGAGCUCGCUUUGCAAGGAACUCUCUAUUCCGACAGAAUAUUGUCAGUGUAAUUAUACAUAUACUUUGACAAUAUUUAGUUUGAUUUAAGUGUUCACGCAAAAUACGAGGGUGUUAUAUAUGUUGUAAACUGUUGUGAAUAGUUUGCCUUUAUACUAAUAUUUUAAACAAGUAUCAUUUUAUUGGUUCAUGUGUGCCAUGUGAACAUGGGGCUGUUUAUCUUUGUAUUUUAUAAUUUCUGUAGUUAUAUGUAUCAUAUUAAACAGCUCUGAUUUAUAAAACAACAUAAUGAUCACACAUUUUUAAGAACUUUAUGAGCGGAACGUUUGAAAACGCAAGGUGAAUUUCCUCUCUUUGUUUUAUCAAAAAAUGUACACGAUACGCGUUUGUAUCCUUAUUUCUCUAAACAAAGACUUUCUUGAGUAUAAUGGGAUUCUUAUGACCAUGUUACCACGGCGGCUAUGUUUUGAGGUGGUGCCAUCAGCUGUUCUUCAACGUUGAAAAAUAACAUGAACGUUUUUGUUCCAAUGAGAAUCAUACUUUCACCCAAGAAUAACCACUAUAUGAAUAGUAUUAGAGACACACGUUUGAGGAUAUAAAUAUUGCAUCUGAUGACCGUUUGUACAGCUCUGCAAAACAAGGAUCACUAAAUAAAUAUGCGUUUGAAUAUUGUAUUUGUAAUCUAGUGUUAUCAUACAUACACGAAAACUUUAGUCGAAGGAAUAAUUAACAAGAUACGAGUACGCUAAGCUAUGGCUUCGGAAACCAAGGACAUUUCGCUAUGUUUACACAGGUGUCUGAAAUGUUUUCGUAUACCAUAUGCGUUACGUCCUGUUUAAAUAAAGUUAUUUUGACCUGCUAACCUGUGGGAUUAAGAAACUGUCUUUAUCUUGACAACUGUACUACCAUGUAUUGUGAGAUAACCUACACUCAUCGAGGCAAGAAUAGAGACAGCAACACCUCAAGCGUUACUUAGGCCAAACUGUAUCCAUGGGAAUCUUAAAUGUAUAUAUUAACACAUGUCUGAUUUUAAAGUAUAAUUUUUUUGUAGAAGCGAAUUAAACAUGUCCAAUGUUUCUUUGUAUUACUCAUGUCGGAUGAGACAUACACACGUUUCUAUAGAAUACAACUGCAUUUUAAUAUCAUGUCAAAAUCGUCACAUAUUACUACAAAGGCAAUCAAUUAAAUGACACGUCUAAUAUUGACGUAUUGUUAUAUUAUGAGGUUAUAAUUGCAUAUGUAUGAAACUUGUGAAAAAGAACACAUUAGUGAAACAUUAAUUACCAUGGAAAUACUUGGAUAAACCAAUAUUAUAAUGUAACCAAACUAACAAUCCCGCUAUUUAUAGAUAUUUGAUUUUGAAACCACCUUACACCGAAGUCAAAUAAUACCAUAAUUAAAAUAAAUGAAACAUAAUAAUUGUUUAUUAAACAUUGAGAUAAGCCUAUUAUACACACGGUAAUGUGAGUGUAAAUUGUAAUGCAUUUGCAUGCAGACUAUGAUUUGAAAGAUUGCUUAUUUGUUUAGUUUUGCAUGCUUACGUUUAUGAUGAAGUUGUUUAUCGUUGUGUUGAGCUCACCUGAGCAAAACUUACUCACAGUGGGUUUUUAGCUCACCUGUCACGAAGUGACAUGGUGAGCUUAUGUGACCGAGUGAUGUCCGGCGUCCGUUGUGCGUGCGUGCGUGUGUGCGUGUGUGCGUGUGUGCGUGUGUCCGUCAACAAUUUGUUUGUGUAGACAUUAGAGGUCACAGUUUUCAUUCGAUCUUUAUGAAAUUUGGUCAGAAUGUUUAUCUUGAUUAAAUCUGCGUUGGGAUUGUAUUUGGGUCAUCUGGGGUCAAAAACUAGGCCACUAGGUUAAAUAAUAGAAAAACCUUGUGCAGACAAUAGAGGUCACAGUUUUCAUCCAAUCUUUAUGAAAUUUAGUCAGAAUGUUUAUCUUGAUAAAAUCUGGGUUGGGACUGUAUUUGGGUCAUCUGGGGUCAAAAACUAGGUCACUAGGUCAAAUAAUAGAAAAACCUUGUGUAGACAAUAGAGUUCACAGUUUUCAUCCAAUCUUUAUGAAAUUUGGUCAGAAUGUUUAUCUUGAUUAAAUCUGGGUUGGGAUUGUAUGUGGGUCAUCUGGGGUCAAAAAUAAUGUCCAUAGGUCAUAUAAUAGAAAAACCUUGUGUAGACAAUAGAGGUCACAGAGUUUUCAUCCAAUCUUUAUGAAAUUAGGUCAGAAUGUUUAUCUUGAUGAAAUCUGGGUUAGGAUUGUAUUUGGGUCUUCUGGGGUCAAAAACUAGGUCACUAGGUCAAAUAAUAGAAAUACAUUGUAAAGACAACAGAGGUCACAAUUUUCAUCCAAUCUUUAAGAAAAUUUAGUUAGAAUGUUUGUCUUGUUAAAAUCUUGGUUGGUAUCGAGUUUGGGUCAUCUAGGGUAAAACCCUAGGUCACUAGGUCAAAGUUAAAAAAAAACAACUUGUGUAGACAGUAGAGGCCCAAGUUUUCAUCUAAAACUUAAUACAAUUUGGCCAGAAUGAUGUUAAUCUUGAUGAAAUCUGGGUUGGGAUUUUAUUUGGGUCAUCUGGGGUCAAAAACUAGGUCACUAGGUCAAAUCAUAGAAAAACCUUGUGUAGAGGUCAUAGCUUUCAUCUGAUCUUAAUGAAAUAUGGUCAGAAUGUUUAUCUUGAUAAUAUCUGAUUUUGGAUCUUAUAUGGGUCAUCUGGGGUAAAAAAUUAGGUCACCUGGCCAAUUCUAGUAAAACUUUGUGUAGAUAAAAGAGGUCACAAUUUUCAUCACGCCUUAAUGAAAUUUUGUCAAAAUGUAUUAAUUGAUGAAAUCUGGCUUGGGAUUGUAUAUGGGUCUGAUAGAAUUUAAGUUGAUGUAGCAGGGUUAGUCAGGUGAGCGAUUCAGGGCCAUCAUGGCCCUCUUGUUAUAAUUACUUUUUGUGCUUCAUUCCUCUUCCGUAAUGAGUGGUAUGUUUUAAUUAUUUACGGAAUGAAACUUCUACAAGCUGCAUUUGUUGCAAAGUCACAAGUCACAAGGUCAAAUUGAAGAAAUUCUUAUGAACAAUUCAAAUACCACAUAUAUUGCCCAAACUAAAUGAAACUUUAUCAGAACAGUUUUUCCAAUGAUAUAUACAUGUGGCGAAAAGUGUUUUCACAUGUGUUAACAAAGUUUGGAUCACUUGAGACUUCGUUUCGAAUUAUGUCCACAUAUUAUUAGUACUUAUAUUUUUUUCAAUAAAUUCUACAUUUGCAGUGUUCACAUGUGUUAACCGUCAUGUGACCUUGAUCAUAGAAAUCUUAUGUUCAUGAGUAUCAGAGCUUCAUAUGUAUCAUGUUACAAAUGAGAAAAACGGAAACGAAAAUCAUAACUUUUCAAUGUUAUUUAAAAGUGAAUUAAUUUUCUUCACUACUGGGAUGUCUAUCGAUAUAGCCUCCUUGGGAAAUAUUGAACGUUGAUUAUCAUUGUAUAAAAUGUCCAGUUGUAACUCACAGAAAUGUAAGAAUUGUCCACAGGAGAACUGACGGCAUAAUGCUUCUCACCAGAGGUCGCACAAUACAUAAAUAAGAUGAACAGAAGUAAGAGAAGUCAUCAAUGGCACUGGGUUGCACCCAUAUAACAAUUCAUGUUGUAAUAAAUGGCGACUGAAUCUUAAUUCAGUAUAUCCGUUGUUGAACGAAUGUGAUGAUUUAUGAUGGAAUAAGCCUGUUAAUUAAGAAUUAAACAUUUUUUUGGCAGAACUAUGUCCUUAAAUUAAAGUGUUUAAGUGGUUUCAAGGAAUGUUCGAAAAAUAUGAAAAAUAUUAAAUAAUAAAACAAACAAUAAAAGGCUGAACAGAUUAAUAUAAUGAUAACCUGCACAGCUAUUUGUGAAUAUGUAUAUUGUAUUUGCAUUUACAUGUGUAUUAACCAUAUAACGCUGAAAAAAUGAUAUCGCAUUUAUUUCAUCAUAAUCAUAAAUGACGAGAUUUAUUGUUUUUUAAUAGGAUACUACGCAAUCGUCUUGUUGAGAGUAACAAAAAAAACAAACAAAAAAUAUGCACUUCCACUUCUAUCUUCCAUGUCUUUAUCGAAACUUAGUUUAAACCACACUAUUUUAUAGUAUUCCUAUCGAAAUAUACAUGUAUGCAUGAUAAACACACACUCCAAAAUACGUUUUUAACACAUAGUUUACUGUUAAAAAACACCACGUCCGACAUGUCCUUGCAGAGUUUAGAUAAAACAAUUGUGUUUUGUCACAGAAAUGACGUCACACGAUGUACUACGUAAUAUAUUUCGUAAUAAAAAAUAUUUAUAUUUUCGGUGCGUGUAAUGUGACGUUAUUAAAGGGAUCUUUUCACGCUUUGGUAAAUUGACAAAAUUGAAAAAAGUUGUUUCAGAUUCGCAAAUUUUCGUUUUAGUUAUGAUAUUUGUGAGGAAACAGUAAUACUGAACAUUUACCAUGGUCUAAUAGAGCCAUUAUAUGCAUCUUUUGACGAUUUUAAAACCUAAAAAUUAUAAAGCGUUGCAACGCGAAACGAUUGAAUAAUUUGGUGAGUUCUGUUUUUGUCGUUAAAUUUUGUGAAACUACGAAGAUUGCUUACAUAAGGUUUAAAAUACGCUCAGCAUGUGUACUCGGCGGAAUAGCUCAGUAGGCUAAAGCGUUUUUACUUCAGGACUCUGGCAGGACUCCAGGGGUCACUGGUUCGCAACCUGGUCCGGGCAAUGUUCUUUUCCUUUUUUUAAUUUUAUUCUUGAUUUUUUACUGGAGCUUUUACGAUCCAAUGUUUACAUUUAUCGAUAUAAAGCAUUUAAUGAAUAAGUUAAAAAAUGCCAAAAUCUGUGAAAA